CUACGGAACGCGAGGUGGCCUAUCGCUGCUCCGCGUUAGCGUGAUGUAACGCGGGGCGAUCGUGCGACCACGCUCUCUUACCAGCUUUCGUUCUCGCUCGGCAAAAUUACGGGGCGACGACGCGUUUCGCGAUAGAAUGAGAAAAUCCGCCUCGAUCCGAGCAGAAAUGAGCACUCGAGUAUUCGUUGGUGGAUUAACGUACCGGGUGAGAGAGCGCGACCUAGAGAAGUUCUUCCGGAAAUAUGGUAGAAUCAAGGAGGUCGCUAUGAAGAAUGGAUUUGCCUUUGUGGAAUUCGACGACUACAGAGACGCUGACGAUGCCGUGUACGAAUUAAAUGGAAAGGAACUUUUAGGAGAAAGAAUUACUGUAGAGAGGGCCCGGGGGACACCUAGGGGUAGUGACCAGUGGCGCUAUGGUGACUCCCGUGGUGGUUAUGGGGACUCGAGGCGAUCUGCCCGAGACGAUAUGCGGCACGACAGAGAUAGUGUGAACAGAAACACGAGGACUGCAUCUAGCUACAAGCAAUCAUUGCCCAGAUAUGGACCACCGACACGUACCGAGUAUCGCCUCACCGUGGAGAAUUUGUCGAGCCGCGUCAGCUGGCAGGAUUUGAAGGAUUACAUGAGACAGGCUGGAGAAGUGACGUAUGCUGAUGCUCAUAAACAACGUAGAAACGAAGGAGUUGUCGAAUUUGCGACAUACUCAGACUUGAAGAACGCUAUCGAUAAAUUGGAUGAUACAGAGUUGAACGGCCGUAGGAUCAGACUCAUUGAAGACAAGAGACGCGGCCGUCGUUCAAGAUCCUCUAGUUCGAGGUCGCGCUCCCGAUCUCGAUCUCGAUCACGUCGUCGGUCGCGCUCUCGCUCAAGGUAUAAUCGUCGUUCUCGAUCCCGAUCAAGAAGCCGUCGCAGCUCCCGUAGCCAUAGCCGUCGUAGCACCCGUUCCAAAUCGAGGGCACACUCAAAAUCCAAGUCCAAGUCUAAAUCCAAAUCUCCCGAGCGUAGUCGUUCACGCUCAAAAUCCAAAUCAAGAGACCGCUCAAAGUCGAAAUCUAAGUCAAAGUCCAAAUCCAGAUCUCGUUCUAGGUCCAAGGCUGAGAGGUCAAAGUCCAGGUCGCAGUCCAAAUCCAAAGCCAAGUCUCCCUCAAAGGAUAGGUCGAGCCGCGAGCGUUCCAGAGGUGACAGAUCCCGAUCUCGAUCAGGAAGCAAACACAGCAAGAGCCGUAGCCGCUCUCGUUCACCAAUGAAUGGUGACAAAUCGCCGGAAAGCAGCAAACAAAAAGCCGACUAAACAGAGAUAAAAAAAUCCGCGAACUACUAAACUUUUUACUUUCCUUUUUUUUCUUCUUUCACCAUUUUUAUAUUAAAUCACAUUUGAAAAUAAAUAUCUCAUACUUCUGAUAAUUAAUUGUAAUAAUGAGGUUUUGAACCUAUACAACCAUUGUAUCGAAGCUUUAUCGUCACCUUAACAUUUAAUUUGGAAUAUAAAACGCGAUCAAGGUUUCUUUUACAGAGUCCAGCAUUAUUGUUAAUUUGAGAUAGCUUAAGAUUUAAUUUUUUUAAUCAGGUUAGGCAUGUCUUAUUCUUUCAUUUUUUUAUUACUACUUUUUCUUAGAUCAGAUUAGGUUUAGCGAUACACAUCAAUCGACUUGAACAAUUCGCGCGUUUAGAUAAGUAUUCUUUACUCAUACCUCUGAGACUACAAAUUUUCAAUGUAUUGCCGUCGUAUAAUACGAGUUCCCUUAUAAUGGCUUUUUGUAUAUAUUCCUAACGGUUACAUUACAAUAAGAAAGUAUGUGAUGUGUAUUAAAUUUAGUGGUAAAAGAGAUAUUUCAACUGUCAAUAAAAGUUCAUGUCAAUGCA